CCAGCGUCUAACCCGUUACACCUCAUCCAGCGUCUCCUCUGCGACUCGGGCCUGGUGCAGUGCGACGCCUACUUCUCCUUCAGCUUGACCAUCACCAUCCUAGUCUGCGCCCACUUCCUGGGCGUCUACGACAUCCUCCUCUUCGAGUCCUCCUUCCCCUCCGACUUCUCCUGGCCCCCGCACGUCUUCGACGACGCCUCCUUCGAGACGUACCAGCGUAACGCCGACGGUCGCAAAAUCGACUACCCCGAGUUCUCAUCCAGCCUGACCAGCUCCUUCGAAGAGUGGAAGCUGAACGCGGCCUUCUGGCGGCUGGAGAACGCCAACGACUACUCGGACCGGCCGGCCUUCGCGCCGGGGAUGAUGAGCAUGGUCGGGCAGAUCCCGGUGAUCAAGACGCACAUCAAGUACCUCCAGGCCAUCACCAACCCUGUGGAUCUCCCCCCGCCCGUCGCCUGCACCACCACGGAGGACGCGGCCAAGAGUCUGGGCCUGCUAAUCGUCGUCAAGUCGGCGCUGGCGCAUUUUGAGCGACGCGCCGCGAUUCGAAGGACCUACGCCGCCGCAGUGCACCGUCGCGAUGCGCAGCGGGAUUUCGAGGUGCUGUUUGUGCUGGGAGUGGCCGGGGGGAACGGGGUGUCGGGCAGUGGGGAGUUCUCGUGGGAUCUGCAGGAGCGGGUGGUGCGCGAGCAGGCGGAGUUCGGGGAUUUGGUGCAGAUGCGCUUUGUGGAUACGUAUUUUAAUAACACGGCCAAGACGGUGGCGGGAAUUCACUAUGUGGUGGAUAAUUGUCCGGUGUUGGAUCCGCGACAUGGGUUCUUGUUUCUGACGGAUGAUGAUAUGCUGGUGAAUGUGGAGAAUCUGGAAAAGUUGAUUGAAACCGUGAAGGUUCAGCGUGAAGCGGAAGGAAUUAAAGAUGUUUAUUUGGGUUACAAAUUCCCGGGUUCCAAGCCGAAACGUUGGCGGCUAUCCAAGUGGUACGUGUCGACCAACGAAUACCCUUUCUCCUGGUAUCCUCCCUACAUCACCGCCGCGGCCGUCCUCCUGUCCAAAGACACGGUAGAGAAAUUUAACUAUGCUUCACACUUUGUCCCGUUAUUCCGCUUCGACGACAUCUACCUGUCCAUCCUGGCGCACAUGAUGGCCGUGGAGAGUCAGCAUUACGGGGAUGCAUUUCAUUUUGAUCAUCUGCCGUUCGAUGAGAAGACGUACAAGUUCUACCGGGACACCGUGGUCGCGGUGCACGGCUACCAUGAUCCGGAAUUGUUAGAGAGGACGUAUGACAAGUUGAAGAAGCUGAUGGGACGUGCUUGAUGGAUUUGUAUCAGUAUUAUUCGUCUUUUCAAUCUAGUCGCGGGAUUUUCAAUGUGAAUAAUGUACAAUACUACUGCACGGGUGUUUUUAUUUAUUUACAUGUUGUCAGAUAAAAAUGCGUUGCAUUCGGUGAAUUCUCUUGACGAGCGCAGCUGAGUUAAUGAUGGUUUUUCCAAUAAUUUUGUUUAUUUUUUAAAAAUUAGCAGUC